AGCAGCUAGCAUGAUUCGCUAAUAUCGAAGUAGACCAACAGUUAAAAUGCAAAUAAAGUUCAUUUUCAGCACAUUUGUGCUGCUAGUGCUGAUAUUGUCUCAAGACGUUAGCCAAGUUUCGGCCACAAAUAAUGUCGUUCCUUCGGUCAUGAGAAAAAUUUCGCUAGUUUUGAAAAAUUCCAGAUUACGAUCCAUGCCGUUAUCCUCCGUAAUUCGGCUGCUUAAAAAUCGGAAUCCUGCACCUGGAACUCGAGCUUAUUGGGUCAGGAGACGUUUGGAUUCUGUAUUCGGAGCUGCAUCAUCUCAGAGAUAUGGAGUCAGGAUUCCUUCCCCCGCUAUCAUCGCACAGCAAGGCUAUCCGUACGAAGAGCAUUUCGUUACCACGCGGGACGGAUAUGUCCUUUCGGUUCACCGCAUUUCCGGACCACGAGGAACCAAGUCCGGCAACGCAAAUCCGAGGAGGAAAUCCGUGCUUCUGAUUCAUGGUCUCCUCAUGUCCUCGACUGGGUUUCUUGCAUUGAGCCCGCAGUACAGCUUAGGUUUCAUCCUUGCUGAUGCAGGCUGCGAUGUGUGGCUAGGCAACUCGCGCGGUAACACCUACAGUCGCAAACACGCCUGGCUUAAUCCAGACGUCGACCAAAGUUACUGGCACUUCAGCCAGGAUGAGAUGGGUGAAUAUGACGUGCCUGCCAUGAUUGACUACAUUCUCGCCCAGACUGGACAAAGCCAAUUAAUUUACAUGGGCUACUCUCAAGGAGGAAGAGUUGGUUUUAUGGCCGCCACCAACACAACAGUCGCUAACAAGAUCAAGCUGCUUGUAAGCAUCGCAAGUACGGGAUACAUUUCUGCAUAUAGGCGUGACGAUCCGCUGAUAAACUGGGCUGCUAAUUAUUGGAGAAAACUAGAGAUGCUCGGCAAAGGGGAAGUAUUUCAGCGUGAUCUUGUCAGGCUCUAUUGGACGUUGACUGCUUGCCGGAUCGGAUCGCCGCUGCGGGGACUUUGUCGAAUAGUCAUGUUACGAAUUUGGAGCGAAAGAAUUUAUCCAGAAGACUUUCAUGAAGAAGAUAUGAUACCAGUGGUCUUCCCAAAUGCACUCGAGGGUUCUUCUGCAAGACAACUUUGCCAAACAUUCCAAGUUGCCUUCGGAGAGCUGCAGAAGUUUGACUUCGGGGUGGCGGAGAACCGGCGUUGCUACGGCCGUGCCACGCCCCCGGUUUACGACUUAUCCAAGAUUCUCUGCCCAGUGGCGGUCUACUGGGCGGAAAAUGACUAUACAGUCAAAAUUAAGGACGUCGAGAGACUUGAAAAAUCCCUGCCAAAUUUGAUAAGGAAUUACCGCGUCACCAGCGAUCCUUUCGACCACGUCGACUUUGUCUACUCGUCGAAAGCGAAGGAGCUCGUAUACCCUGACCUCCUGGAACUCCUUCGUCGAAUCUGAUGUGCGAAUUUCCUAGCAAAAUCGUGGGAGUCUGUCUACAUAAUUCCAAAUUUGUUUUUUAAUUUUGAUACUCAAUCGUUACGAUGUCGUUUAAAUAGUACAUUUGAUAAGAAAUAAAUUUUUAGGUUUAGUUCCUUAUUCGUAAUUUUAAUAAAUUAGUAAAUUAGCAAAUCAGUAAUUGAUAUAUUAAACUGAGAACGAAUAAAUAAUUUCGUUUUUAUCGGUUUAAUGAAAUGAAAUCAC